UAUUAUAAAUUACAUUUUUAAAUAUUACAAAUUAUAAUACGCGAUCGGAUUCAAAAGUUAUAGUUUAGUUAUACUAAAUGUUUCCACUAUCAUAAAAAUAUUAUGUUUAUAUGAACGAUCAAAGAUCAAGAUACAAUGUCAAUUUUAUUUUAUUUAUAGUUUAAUCAGCAUAUCAUCUGUAUUUAAUAUUCAGUUAUUACGAAAAAGAUUAACUUUUCAUCAACCAAUAUGACUAUUUUAAAGACUCUUAUUGCUGGAGGACAGAUAUGUCUUAGAAGAUCUUAUACUACAGGCUUCAAGUUUAUUGAAACUACACAAGAUGAUACAGGUAUCAAUAUUAUAUCUAUGGCUAGAAAGCCUGUCAACAGUUUGAACACAGAACUGUUAAGCGAAUUAAAAGCUUCUUUAUUGGAAGUUCAAAACAGUCACUGUAAAGGCAUCAUAUUGACGUCAUCCUUACCAACCAUAUUCUCAGCAGGAUUAGAUAUUAUAGAAAUGUUCAUGACUGAUAAAAAGAAACUUACUGAUUUCUGGCAAACGUUACAAGAUACUUGGUUGACUAUUUACAGCCUACCUAUUCCAAUUGCUGCUGCUAUCAAUGGUUCUAGUCCUGCUGGAGGUUGCCUAUUGGCAAUAUCUACAGAAUACAGAGUUAUGACUGAAGGCAAACAUACUAUAGGAUUGAAUGAAACACAAUUAGGUAUCGUUGCUCCAAAAUGGUUCAGAGAUCCAUACAUUUCAUUGAUGGGUUAUCGACAAGCUGAGUUAGCUCUUUUGAAAGGAUCGCUAUUUAAACCUGAGAAAGCAUUGCAGCUUGGACUUGUGGAUGAGCUUGCUAAAGAUAAAACAGAUGCGAUUGAAAAGUGCAAAAAUUAUAUUUUAGCUUAUGACAAUAUACCAAGUAUGGGAAGGAAUGUAACCAAAUCAGAUUUGCGAAACAAUUUGAUUCAGUGGUUAAAAGAUAAUAAAGAAGCUGACAUCAACCAGUUUGUCAACUUCACACAAUUACCGAAAAUACAAGCUGGCCUUAAACUUUAUGUUGAACGUUUGAAACAAAAGCAACAAUAAUCAUUUUAGUAAAAAAAUAUAUAUUGUAUUUUCAUCAAAGUUUUGAAAAUUUUUAUAUAAAUAUAUAUAUCAGAAUAUAUAUUAUAUAUUAAUAAGGUGAUUCUCAGUAUUAAGACAAUAUGAAAAUAAGGCAAAUGAGAAUAUAUUAGAUAUCUGAGAGAUAUAUAUCAGAAUACACACACACACACACACACACACAUAUUAUAUAUAUAUAUAUAUAUAUUAUUUUAUACUGCUAUAUAACAAACAUGAUAUACUCUUGUUCUGUAAUUUUAUUUUGUACUGGCAGAUAAAAAUGUAAUACAUUGAUUAAUAAUUUUUCAAUAUACCAUUAUCAUUUAAAUCGACACCUGCCAAAUCUAAUUGUUGUAAGCUUAAUAAAUUAAGCUGUUGUUGUUGAAAUUC